CUCCUGCUUUCUUCAUUUACACCAAAAAAACUCUUGACAAGAACUUUCCAGAUUUCUCUCGGUUCCUCCAGAAGCACGACACUAAAGUACUUCAGCCGAAAACUCAACCCGAGAUUCGUCCUCAAACCUGAAAAUCUGAGAACUUUGGUGCGGCCUGGAGGACAUUAAGAACGUCUCUCAAACACUGGAUAGACUUUGCUUUAAACUCAUUUGCGAUAUGUCUGGCACGAGGCUGAGAGCAAUGUGAAACAUGCACGGUCAGCGAGAAACAGGUUGCCUUGACAACCCUGCUGUAAAACGUCUUGCACGUGGUGUCCGCGGGCAUGAGAACAUUGUCGACUUGAAUGGACAAAGUGGCUGCGUGUCCACAGAUUCUGCAAGGCUAAAUAACCCGUUUGGAAACCCCAUUAUGCCUGUAAAAAAGAAAAGAAAGUCGUCUGGUUCUGAAGACCCCAGCAUCCGAAAGUGCAAAAUUACCAGUUACUGUAGAACACAGACUUCUGGUAGAUUGAUAAACCCUGAAGAUCAGUUCUCCAGCAAGAAGUGCCUGGCGUGGUUUUACGAGUAUGCAGGGACAGACGAUGUGGUGGGACCCGAAGGCAUGGAGAAGUUCUGUGAGGAUAUAGGGGUUGAACCAGAGAACAUUAUCAUGUUAGUCUUAGCCUGGAAACUAGAAGCACCAAAUAUGGGAUUUUUCACAAAAGAAGAGUGGAUGAAGGGAAUGACAUCACUGCAGUGUGAUUGCACAGAACGGUUGCAAGGCAAACUCGACUACCUGCGCUCUCAGCUGAACGACGCAGUCGUGUUCAGGAACAUUUACAGAUACGCCUUUGACUUUGCCAGGGAUAAAGAUCAGCGUAGUCUAGACAUGGACACUGCAAAGUCCAUGUUGGCGCUGAUUCUCGGAAGGACGUGGCCCCUGUUUCCUGUGUUUCACCAGUUUUUGGAGCAAUCUAAGUAUAAGGUCAUGAACAAGGACCAGUGGUACAACGUCUUAGAGUUCAGCCGCACUGUUAACUCAGACCUCAGUAACUAUGACGAGGACGGAGCUUGGCCUGUAAUGCUGGACGAGUUUGUGGAAUGGUAUAAAGCCCGACUGACUUUAUAGCAUCACAUGGUCAUGCAUGUGAAAUAUAAGGGCAAAGAAAUUUAAGGGCAGAAGCACAUCAAUGGACGCCAUCCCUCCACCUUAAACAGUCCAGAGAACCAAUCGCACACCUUCCCAGGAAAGCCAUCAUGCUUCUUGUGGGACCCAUCACUCCCCAGAGACUUACAGUGUUAAUUUAACUUGGGGGGGAAAUGUUUGAAAACAGAGGGAACUGCUUCUACUCGUGUUGCAUCUUUCACAGCAGUUUCAUUGCCCGUGUUGUUCGGUCUGGUGGAGGGAAGUCAUCUGUUUAUGUAAUAUUUUUGUUUAUAGUGUUUUCAAAGGAAAAUAAAGGAACUGUAUGGAA